AAAAUAAUUUGAAAAGAUCUUUAACCAGAAUUUCCGUUUACCGGAGUACACGAAGAGCGAGCGGCAUUGCCGGCCUCAUGAAAUUCCUCAACGCCAAAAAAUAAAAUAAAAAUCCGUAUAUUUUUAUAUAAAAACCGUAACCUAGACAAUAUCCGAAGAGUUUUCCUUCGCUUUCUCAGAUCAUGGAACUCCAACUUUCUCGCGUCCCAAACACCUCCUAUAUCCUCGUUAACGGAUCAAACCUAAUUAUCAUCGAAAUACCAGGCCAAUCAAAUUAACUACUCAAAAUAUUUCUGUCUGAGAAUCAGGCUGGUCAUAAAAACCAUCCAAACCACCCAACCGUCAUGGACUCCACUGAAACAACCACCACCACAAAGUCGUCAUCGACGUCCUCGAAAAACAACAAAAUAAGCAGGAGGAAGAGGUUCUUGAUGUGUUUCCGACCGGCCAACAUCGACGGUUUUGUCCGACCAAGAGGUGGCAUAAAUGGUUCAGAAGAUGAUGAUGAUCUUUUCAAGUACAUGUCUACGGGCAAGAAAGAAGCCGCCGUGUUCCCGGAAUUUUCACCGACAUCUUUGUCGGAGGACGAUCAGGAAGACGAAGAAGAAUAUAGUGGUCCCCGGCCGAAAAGAUUUGGCAGCCGUAGGAUUUCUCGUGCCUUGAAGGCCGUUCUAUGCGACGCUUCAUUGACAAAGGGUCUUGGAAAGAAAAAAUUGUUUCCGCAAAAAUCUUCAAACUCGUUGAUGAGCGAUUUCUAUACAAGAGACUAUGAGUCGUCGGAUCGAUCAAGAAUGAUGAGCCGGGUUCCAUCAUCUCUAUCAGUAUCCUCUGCCGCCGUUUACAUUGCACCUCCAAUGUGCGGUAACUGCGGUUCACAAUUAGCAAACUCAGCAGUGAAUAAUAAUAAUAAUAACAAUAAUAAUAACAACAACAUGAAUUCAAGAAAUAUUACGACAGAGAGGAUAAGGUCGUUUGGAUCCAACUCAUUCGUGUGGAGACAAACAAACGACAACAACGUUGAAGGUGCAGAGGAAAAGAGAUUGUGUUACGCUUCAAAUAGAGGUUUGUGUUUGAUGGUUCUGAGCCUGUUGGCUUUGAUAACAUGCGGGAAAAUCUGCGCUAUAUUUUGCACAUCCACGUGGCUGUUUUGCAUACCGUUUUGGGCGGGUAGACAAGCUCGGGCGUCGGAAAAGCCUGCGGAAAUGGAUUCGGCCGAGUAUAAGAAGCGAUUCGACCGUGUGCUUAUUGAUCGUGCAAGUCAAUAGCUUCUUUUUUUUUUGUGAAUAUUUUUUUAUUAUUUUUUUUUUUGUGUGUGAAAUAUUUGUAUAACAUAUUGCCAAAGGGCACGAAGACUCGUCAAUUUGUUUUUGUUGU